AUCUCCCAGCGAGGCAGCAAGAUGGACGCGGGAUUCUUCCACGGAACAAGUGCAGAACAGGAUAAUCGGUUCAGCAACAAACAGAAGAAGCUACUGAAGCAGCUGAAAUUCGCAGAAUGCCUAGAAAAAAAGGUGGACAUGAGCAAAGUAAAUUUGGAGGUUAUAAAGCCUUGGAUAACAAAACGAGUAACGGAAAUCGUUGGGUUUGAAGAUGAUGUUGUGAUUGAGUUUAUAUUCAACCAGCUGGAAGUGAAGAAUCCAGAUUCGAAAAUGAUGCAAAUCAACCUGACCGGGUUUUUGAAUGGAAAAAAUGCUAGAGAAUUUAUGGGAGAACUGUGGCCCCUACUCUUAAGUGCACAAGAAAACAUCGCUGGAAUCCCUUCUGCUUUCUUAGAACUGAAGAAGGAAGAAAUAAAACAGAGACAGAUUGAACAAGAAAAGUUGGCAUCUAUGAAAAAGCAAGAUGAAGACAAGGAUAAGAGGGAUAAAGAAGAAAAAGAAAGCAGCAGAGAAAAAAGGGAGCGGUCUCAAAGCCCAAGAAGAUGCAAGUCCAGAUGUCCUUCCCCUAGAAGACGAUCUUCCCCUGUCAGGAGAGAGAGAAAGCGCAGUCAUUCUCGGUCUCCCCGUCACAGAACCAAAAGCCGGAGUCCUUCCCCUGCUCCAGAGAAGAAGGAAAAAACUCCAGAGCUCCCAGAGCCAUCAGUGAAAGUAAAAGAAGCUUCAGUACAAGAGGCCACUUCUACUAGUGACAUCCUGAAAGUUCCCAAGACUGAACCAGUACUAGAGCCUAAAGAACCUUCUCCAGAGAAAAACUCCAAAAAGGAAAAGGAAAAGACCCGACCAAGAGCUCGGUCACGUUCCAAGUCAAGAUCCCGGACACGUUCUCGCUCUCCUUCUCAUACUAGACCAAGAAGGCGCCAUAGAUCUCGAUCAAGAUCUUACUCACCUAGAAGGCGGCCAAGCCCAAGAAGACGGCCCUCUCCUCGAAGAAGGACCCCACCGAGACGAAUGCCUCCUCCACCAAGGCAUAGAAGGAGUAGAUCUCCAGUGAGACGAAGAAGGCGUUCGUCGGCAUCCUUGUCUGGGAGUAGUUCAUCAUCUUCUUCGUCUCGUUCCCGGUCACCGCCAAAGAAGCCUCCGAAGAGGACAUCCAGCCCUCCUCGAAAAACUCCUAGGUUAUCUCCUCCAGGAAGUCCUCCGAGGCGAAGGCAUAGGCCAUCACCUCCAGCUACUCCGCCGCCAAAAACUCGUCAUUCCCCAACACCCCAGCAGUCAAACCGUACAAGGAAAAGUCGUGUUUCUGUCUCUCCAGGGAGAACUUCGGGUAAAGUGACAAAACAUAAAGGUACUGAGAAAAGAGAAUCCCCUUCACCAGCACCGAAGCCUCGGAAAGCAGAGUUAUCUGACUCGGAAGAUAAAGGUGGCAAAAUGGCUGCAGCAGGUUCUGUGCAGCAGAGGCGCCAGUAUAGACGACAGAACCAGCAGUCUUCGUCUGAUUCUGGCUCCUCCUUUUCUUCAGAAGAUGAACGACCCAAAAGGUCCCAUGUGAAGAAUGGUGAGGUAGGCAGGCGACGGAGACAUUCCCCUUCCCGGAGUGCCUCUCCAUCACCUCGAAAGCGCCAGAAAGAGGCUUCCCCUCGUGGUAGACGGAGGAGAAGUCCCUCCCCACCGCCCGCCAGAAGGCGACGUUCUCCUUCUCCUGCUCCUCCACCUCGUCGACGCAGGUCGCCCACACCACCACCACGACGAAGGACUCCGUCUCCUCCUCCACGACGUCGCUCACCUUCCCCAAGAAGAUAUUCUCCUCCAAUACAGAGGAGAUACUCUCCUUCUCCACCUCCGAAGAGAAGAAUGGCCUCGCCCCCUCCCCCUCCUAAACGAAGGGCAUCACCAUCUCCACCACCAAAGCGUCGGGUCUCCCAUUCACCACCUCCCAAACAAAGAAGCCCCCCAGUCACCAAGAGACGUUCGCCUUCAUUGUCAUCAAAGCAUAGGAAAGGGUCUUCCCCAAGCUGAUCUGCCCGGGAGGCCCGGUCACCGCAGCCAAACAAACGGCAUUCGCCCUCACCACGGCCUCGCGCUCCUCAGACCUCAAGUCCUCCACCUGUUCGAAGAGGAGCAUCAUCGUCACCCCAAAGAAGGCAGUCCCCAUCUCCAAGUUCUAGGCCCAUUAGGAGAGUCUCCAGGACUCCGGAACCCAAAAAGAUUAAAAAAAAAGCUGCCUCACCAAGCCCUCAGUCGGUAAGGAGGGUCUCAUCUUCCCGACCUGUCUCGGGAUCUCCUGAGCCAGCAGCUAAGAAGCCCCCAGCACCUCCGUCACCUGUCCGGUCUCAGUCACCCUCCACCAACUGGUCACCAGCGGUACCGGUUAAAAAGGCUAAAAGCCCAACACCAAGCCCAUCACCGGCAAGGAAUUCAGACCCAGAAGGAGGUGGAAAGAAAAAGAAGAAAAAGAAGGACAAGAAACACAAAAAGGAUAAGAAGCAUAAGAAGCACAAAAAACACAAGAAGGAGAAAGCUGUAGCUGCCGCUGCUGCAGCUGCUGUAACCCCUGCAGCUGUGGCUGCUCCCACAACCACAUCAGCACAGGAAGAACCAGAGGCAGAGCCAGAGCCUAAGAAGGAGACUGAAAGUGAGGCUGAAGAUAACCUUGAUGACUUAGAAAAGCACCUGCGUGAAAAGGCCCUGAGAUCAAUGCGGAAGGCUCAAGUGUCCCCACAGUCCUAG